AUUAAUAAUAACAUUGACAACUUUAAACAUAGUUUGUUUGAUCAGGAAUAAUCCGUGAAGUGGUCCACUUUUAGAUGCAUUUAUGUAAACAAAUAUAUUUAUAUUCUAAUUAAACAAAGUCAUCGAGAUUCCUUUCUUUAAGGAUAUCAACAAAUAUGGAGAAUAAUACUAAUUUUAAUCCAACUGGGGAAAUAUCAAUUAAGGAUCAAGUUCAAGGGAAAAUCACAAGUUUCCUGAAGAAUACUGGAGUUAUGAAGUCUGAGGUUAACUCAACUUAUGGACAAAUGAAUACCGAUGAGACCAGUGGUACUGCUGCAUAUAAUGAUAAUACAUGUCAAGGCAAAUGUCUAUAUUAUUUAUGUUGCCGUUGUUCCAAGCGUUAUUACAUAGCAUGGCUAUCAAGUUUAGGCUUUAUGAUUACAUUUGGUAUCCGGUGUAAUAUGAGUUGGGCUAUGUUGACAAUGCAAGCUAGACAGAUGGCAGCGAAUUUAUCUCAUCUACCGCCUCAUAAACAUUAUGAACAUACACAUCAUGAGUCUGGAGACCAUGUGGUCGGUUUGGGCGGAUUAAUGAAUGUUACAUCGAAACCAGAUUUCUAUUGGACAGCUGGUCAAAGAGGAUUUGUAGACAGUUCAUUCUUUUAUGGUUAUUUAAUAACUCAAAUACCUGGUGGAGUGAUAGCAUCUAAAUUUCCAGCUAAUCGACUUUUUGGUAUUGCUGUCGGUGGAAGUGCUGUUCUAAAUUUGUUACUGCCGGGUGCGUGUAAAAUCCACUUUGGUAUUGUUAUGAUAAUAAGAAUGCUACAAGGUUUAGUUGAGGGAACAUCCUAUCCAGCUUGUCAUGGAAUUUGGAGAUACUGGGCUCCACCACUCGAACGUUCUCGACUAGCGACGAUUGCAUUUUGUGGAUCAUAUGCAGGCGCUGUUCUUGGACUAUCACUGUCUGGUCUCUUAGCUCAACAAAUGGGUUGGCAGUCACCGUUCUACUUCUAUGGUGUUGUUGGGAUAAUGUGGUUCUUCUGGUGGUGGAAUGUCACGCAUGAAAGACCUUCACUUCAUCCAACAAUAUCGGAAGCUGAAAGAAAAUACAUCGAGUCGUCAAUUGGAGAGUCAACAACUAUCAUUGAAAGUAAAAUACCUAUUCCAUGGGGAAAAUUCUUCACAUCACUUCCUGUGUAUGCUAUAAUUAUUGCAAAUUUUGCAAGAAGUUGGUCAUUCUACCUAUUGAUCACUAAAUCACCAAAAUACUUUCGUGAAGUGUUUGGUUAUAAUCUUGCAGAAACUGGAUUCUUAUCAGCAUUACCACAUUUAGUUAUGGCUGUUAUUGUUCCGAUUGGUGGUCAGUUGGCGGACAAGUUGAGAAAGAAUACGCUUUCAACUACAGCUGUAAGGAAAAUAUUUAACUGUGGAGGCUUUGGACUUGAAGCGAUUUUCCUCAUUGGUGUCGGUUAUUCAAAAACUAUUACCUCAGCGUUAGUAUGUCUUGUGUUGGCCGUUGGAUUCAGUGGAUUCGCAAUAUCAGGUUAUAAUGUUAAUCAUCUGGACAUUGCACCACGUUACGCCAGUAUACUAAUGGGUUUAUCUAAUGGUGUUGGGACAAUAUCUGGGAUGAUUUGCCCAAUUACAACUGAAUUACUAACCAAAAAUCAAAACAAAGAAGGAUGGCCUAUUGUUUUCCUUAUCGCUAGUUUGGUUCACUUUGCUGGUGUUGCAUUCUAUGCUGUCUUUGCAUCUGGUGAAAAACAACCUUGGGCGGAGGCACCAGAAGAAGCCCAGUGCAACUGGCAACCACCAACUGACUUACCAGCUGAGAUGAUACACGGAGAGUAUGGUUAUGCAGAUCCAGAUGAAAGGAGAGACAAUAAUCCAACUGUACGCAGAAUAAGUAAUCAGAGAAAUCCAAAUGUAAGUGGCGGUCAGGUUUACAGUUCAGACUCAAGGUAUGCAGCAAGUGAGCAUCGACCAAUCGUUAAUGAUCCACAAGUCUAUUCUCCAGACUAUGGUUAUGGAGAGACUGUCAGUGGAGCAACAACGCGUCAUAGUGGUAAUCCAUAUCAUCAAGGUUACUAA